UUCCUAUUUUGAGGUUAUUUGUUAUUGAAGAUUUUGUAGCAUCUUGUUUUUACACAACUUUUUAAAGUGAAAAAAUUUUACUCGUAAAUUCGCUGUGAACAGCAUGAUUCCCUAAGAACAUAGCUGUCAAUAAUUUACGAAAAUCGAAAACGAAUUCAACGAACAAUGGGUUUAACUACCAAUGAGAUUUCCAAAUUGAAGGUACCAGAAUUGAAAAAAGAGUUGAAGCAACGGGGUUUAAACACGACUGGAAAUAAAAACGAAUUAGUUGAGCGGUUACAAGAAGCUUUAAAAUCGCCCGAAAUGAGCACUGGAUCUUUGGAGUCGGACAUCUUAGAAGAUGACCUCCUUAAUGAUGAUGAUGAUGAACACCAUAAUACAAGUGAAACAGUAUUAGAUUCUGAUGUAGAAAAAGCUUUGGAAGAAUCUUCACUUACCCUUCCCAGCCUCACAAGUGAAAGUCUUACAAGUGAAAAUUCCAAUGGUAUUGAGAAAAAACCAAAAAAAAUCAAACUCCAGAGGGAUAUUCCACUACUAGAGGAAACAGUACCACAUGUUAAACCUCUUAUAAUUAAUACUCCACCUAAACUCAUCAAACUGUCUGGAUUAAGUUUUAAGGAGAGAUUAGAACUGCGAGCAAAAAAAUUUGGUGUUGAACCCCCUGGAUCUGCUAAACUUCUUGCCAGGGCUGAAAGGUUUGGUGCUCUGGAAAAUUCGUCAGAACCAAGUGAAAUGGAGAAACUUAAAAAAAGAGCUGAACGAUUUGGUGGAUCUGUUGCCAAAACAAUGACGAAAAUAGAAAUGAAAGAAAAAUUAGAAGCUCGAAAAGCUAGGUUUGCUGCUAGUAAGGAGUGAAGUGAAAAUUCACAUGUUAUUUUUAAUUUAUUAAGUGGAAAAUUGACAUAUAACGUAGACAGAUUAAAUAUGUUACUUUUAGUGUUUUACCAUCUAAGUUUUUUUAAUAAUCUGUAAAUUUUCUUUCCAAGUCAGUAGAAGUAAAGAAAUCAUUAAAUCAU